AUGGCAGCGGUAGACGUCGAUGUCGUAGAGAGUGCUUUGAGAGAUGUGAAUUUAUCUAGUGGUAGAGAAACUGUUUUAAAACCAGAGCAAGAAUCAGCAGUAAGGGCUCUUUUAGCCGACAGAGAUGUUCUGGCGGUUUUGCGGACCGGAUACGGCAAGAGUUUAAUCUACCAAAUGUUUGUACGCGCGAAGAACUACGAGCUAAAUGGUAAUGCGGCGAUUCUCGUCAUUUCGCCACUGAAAAGUAUUAUCGAAGACCAGUUGCAGGAGAUGGAAUUGUUGGGCUACCCAGCGAAAGAUUUAGCCAAUUUAUCAAGGUUCUGCAAUUAUACUGAGCAAAUGUUAUUUUAG